UCCAACAAUGGCGUUCACAUUUGCGGCAUUUUGCUACAUUUUGGCCCUAAUUUUAUCAGCAGUGCUGAUUUUUUUCGCAAUAUUUCACAUUAUAGCAUUUGAUGAAUUAAAAACAGACUACAAGAAUCCAGUUGAUCAGUGUAGCAGUUUAAACCCGUUGGUGUUACCAGAAUACUUUAUACACAUAUUCUUUACGGUGAUGUUUAUGUUUGCCAUGCAGUGGAAAACUGUCAUUCUCAAUGUACCUCUCAUAACUUAUCACAUCAGAAGGUACAUACAUCGGCCGAUCAUGUCAGGGCCUGGCUUGUAUGAUCCUACUACUAUCAUGAAUGCAGAUCAACUUAGUCGAGCUCAAAAGGAAGGAUGGGUUAAAUUAGCAUUCUACCUGAUCUCUUUCUUCUACUAUCUCUACAGCAUGAUCUAUGUUCUGGUCUCAAACUAAUUGUCUGGAUGUGAAGUAAAUGACAUGGAUUUUCUGUGAAGAUUGCGACAUAUGUAACUGGGAAAUUGAGUUGUUAUGGUUUGAAAGAAUUUGAAUUGUCUUGUGUGAAGAAUGGAGGUGAAUACAAUGAGAUUUGCUAGAUGUUUAUCCUGCAGUCAGCCUGGUGGUCAACACAUUAAUGUAGCCAGUAAGUCAGAGGAAUGGGCAUACUGUAAUUACAGGGCUAUGUUUGUUGGCAUUUCUAUUUAAAUACCAGACAUGGGUUUAUUUUCAGGUAAAUAAUAAUAGUUUUCAUCCAAAAUGUGUCAUUCAAUAAGUUGUUCUAGAAAAUAAUGCCUUUUUCGGUUGGCUAAGCAAAGCUCAGCGUCAUGCACCAUAUGUUGUCCAUUGCCCGAUAACAUUUUCACAUUUCUGACUUUUAAAAAAUGUUACAGUGAUUUUGAUACAAUUUUGCAGUUUUCAUAUAUGACGAUGAAAAAGAUUGUUUAUCAAAAGUAUGUAUUACUUAGAAUUAAGUAAGCUCAAUAACCCAGAGGGACUAGUUUCAUGUAAAGAGAAAUAUAUACUUUGGAGUAUAUUUGAUUUUAUUAUAAAAUAGCAGUUUACAACAAAAACAGCUAUGACUAUAUUUGGACUCGGGUGACUAUUAAGGCUUAAUAGAUGUCCCAAAAUUAUACUUCUUUAAUAUUUUUGAAAAAUCUGGUGGAAUUGUUGAAAUAAAAAUUGCAAUAGAUGCUUCAUAUGAAAGUCUGAGUUUCUGUUCAAACUUAUGAAACAGACAUUGAAUGAGUCUUAUAAAAACUCUGAUAGAUGAGGUCAGAUGCACUGUUAGAAUUGCUCAUGGACUAAAGACAUAAACAGUUAAAAAUUUGUAAAUGUGUUCGAAGGAAAACCUGUCAUGAAUUAUUGGUGUUGCCAAAAACUGCAUCCUGAAGAAAUUGAUGGUCUGGAAUGAACUUUUAUAAAUUCUAUCAAUAGGAACAUAUUUGGUUAUGAUUUUCUAAGUGAUGGUGUAAGUAUUUUUAUCAUUACAUCUGUUUAUUGAAUAUAGAAUACACAAUUGAAUUUAUUGUUUCCCCUGUUCAAUGUUAAUGUGUAUAUUUUUGUUUUUACUAUUGGUAUAUAUCUAGCAUUUUCAGUCCUAAUCUGUCUGUUACAUAUUGGUAUUUCAGAAGAUUCAGCUAUAGGAUUAUAUCCAUGUGAUGGAGAUGUGAAAACUGGUAUAAACUAGCUAUACAUCUUUUUAUUAAAUCUAGGUAAAGUUUUACUGUGAAAUCACAUAUUUUUGGUGGGGCUCAGAUAUCACGAUUCAAAAAAUGUAGACGCAUGAUUUCAUGGAUAAGUAGACCUCCUGUUAAUUCCAGAUACUAAUAAUGUAUGUCAAAUUUAAUAUUUUGUGGAAAUAUUUGAAUUUAUGAAUAAAGAGUACCUUCAAGUUUAAUAAAAAUAAAACUCCCACAAUAAUUAAUGAUUACCAUAUACAGUAUUCAUUUUUCUCACAGAUGUGUCAGUCAGCAUCUGUUAAAUGUUAGUCAACUUAUUGUCAUGCCAAAGAAUUUCUGUGCCUUAAUAGAUACUGGUUCUAUUUAAUUUGACUUGAAAUGUAAUAUGACAGGCACUUAGUACUAUAGGAAAAGGAAAGAGAGGGAUUAGCGGAUUUUCUGAAAUUUGAAAAUUUCUUUAUAAUUAAGAAACAAUGUGGUGUACUAUAUUUUUGCUUUGGUAGGUCUUGAUUGCUCAAUCUACAUAUUGAUUGACAUAGAAGGAAACAUGUUAUGUUGUAUUGCAAGUAAAUUUGUGUGUUUUGCUACAGAUUUAUGCUUUAUUGAAGGAGUUUAUAUGUAAAGCUUUGUGUAUGCACUACAGAUUGGUAUGGAUAUAUGUUUUAAAAGAGAAGUGCUUGUACGAGUCAGUUUAGUUUGAAUUUCAGUGUUAGCUCUUUCUGUUCAUAUAGAGAUCUGUUGUUAACAUUAGAAUGUUGAUAUUUAAAUUCAUAUCAAGUUAAAUUCUAUAGAAUGCCAUUUAAAAGUUAAAACUGAACUCCCCUGGAAAUCACACCUUUUCAAAAUUAUAAUUUAGAUUUGUUUGUAUUUUGGUAAAAUCAGUAUGAUAUUCAAUGUCCUAUUCAAGUACACUAUAAUAUGAACAACAGUAUUGCUAGUCAGUAUAUUUAAUAUCAACGAGCAUUUAACUGAACGAUAAAAUGUAAUUUGUAUUUAUUAUUUCAAAAAUCUUCAUUGGGUUUCAAAUCAUAGAGUAAAUAGAUUUACUACUUUCAUGAAAUUUCUCGUAAUAUCCAACAUCACAUGUACAUCAUGUACAUGUAGAUUGUAAUAUGUGUACUUUGAGUGACAAUGUAUUUUUUGUGCUGUAAGUGAAUGUUGUGAAUAUUUAUGAUUUGCUUGAAUUGCGAUCUGGAACUUGGUUUUUUAUACACUGUCUGUACAUCUUGCAGUGCUAUCAGUUUUCAUUUUUCAAAAUAUUCUGUUUUAGUAAUAAUAGAUAUUCAAUGAUGUAAAAAUCUGUACUCAAAAACAUUAUCAACACAGAAAGUAUCGGUAUGUUUGAAUUUAUAUUGAAAUUAUCUUUUUUACAUACCUACUUUUAUAUAUCUACUAUUUGAAAUAAUUCAUUAUAGUGUCAUGAUCACAAGUAUCAGUGUGUGCAAUAUAGUCAUCCUGUGGUACAUUUUAGAACAUACUCUUUUUCCAUUUUUGUUUUUCUUUUACAAUUAGCAAGUGAAAUCCUUUUGCAUUUGAACAAUAUAUAUACGUUAAUAAUGGUUUGAAGUGAGAAUAUUUAAAUCUUUUUCUCCUAUAUAUAUUCUUUUGAUCUUGCAUAUCCUACCUGUAUUUGUGUCCUUUAACAAUGUUUACUUGGUACAUGAAUUAGCAUGUCAAUUAAGUACAUCAUGGUGCAGUGUCAGCCUCAUGGUAUCUUCAGAUCAAAAUUUCCCAUUUUAUUUAUUGUAAUAGCAUAUAUUUUUUUCUAAAAAAUGUCACAAAUGCAUAUUUAACAAACAAUUUAUAAUCAAAAUGUACAACUACAGAACGAGAGGAGACACUCUCUAACUACAAGAUGAUAGUUCUAUAUCUACCUUGACCUUAUGAUGUAAAUCAACAAUAAACUAAGUGCAUUUGACAGCAAACUUUCUGAAUACUGUACACAGGGAAACAUUCACCUAGUGUUAUUUUACCCAGGACUUUUUUGUCCAGUGUUAAAUUCUACCAUACAUCAACGUAUACAUUUUAUAUAUGAUCUUCUAUAUCAUGUCAUUGUUAUCUUCGACCCAUUUGUGAAAGGCAGAAACAUGGAAAAUUUUAACUUUCGUGAUAGUUUCCCCUUAUACUGUGUCAGUAUACUGUACAUUUUAGUGCCAUAAAGCCUUAGUUAAUUUUUCUAUCUCAUUUUAUUUCCCUUAAAAACAUGUUUUUUCGGUGAGGACAUAACAAUAUCAUGUUUUAGUCUAGGUUGUGAUAAUAAAGGUACAAAGUUUAACAAUAUCCUCAAUUGAGAGAUCAAAGACAGUUACAGUACUGUAGAGUUGUUUACAUAAUAUAACACAUCAAAGUAAAGACAAGGAAUCAUGGUGGAUGGAUAGACUAUAUUUAUAAUUUAACUGAUCAAAAUUACCCCAACCCCUCUCUUCAUGACACAUAGUCACCAAAAUAAAAACAAAUAUAAUUAUAUUGUCACCGGUUGCAUAUUGAUAUAAACAAAUACUUGAUCUUUAACAACAAAGUAUUCAAUGUUUUUUUAUUAAUUGUUAAAGGUCUCAGGUGUGUAUUGUAAGGUUACAAUAUUUCGCUUUUAUUUGUCUGUUCCAUAGUACCUGUAUUAGUAUUGUGAUUUUUAAUGUAGGUCCCAAUUUGAUUUGUUAUAUAUGUCAAAGUCUCGUUUGUUGCACUUUAAAGACCUUUGUAUCAAAAUACAAAUAAAUACUAUUUAAUCUCACAA